CAGGCUUUACUGUUAUCAUGUAGUAAACUCGUCUCCAUUUUUCAAUAUGACAGAAGAGCAUUUUCAAAAUAUCAGACAUGUCAAGCAAAUUUAACCAAAAUUUGGACGAUUUUAAAAUAGUGGCUUACAAAAAGAAAAAUUCGAAAAUAAGGGCACCACCUGCCACAAGAAACUCUAUAGAAGAUUCAUUCGUAGACUGUACAGUAGAUAAAGAAACACUCAAAAGGCGAAUUUUGGAUGCCAAAUCUGAAAUCUCGACAAGUGAUCUACACGAGUCUCUCUUAUCAUCGCUGCAAGAAUCAUUCAACACCUUAGAAAAACCCCAAAUAUCAGAAAUUGUCUGUUUUGGCCUGGGAAGGUUUACAGAGAGUCUUACUGCCAGGGAAUUAUUGCAAUUCUACUUGGCAACAUGUCUAUAAUGAUGAAACUUUCAUGUCAACAUCCAAGUAUAGCAUCUUUUUGAAAAAAAAUCUUAAUCAAUACUAUUAUCAGCUUUAUAUCAUCAGAAUCAAGAGUAUCCUUUAUUGGUUGAUCCAGUUGUUCAGAACUACAACCAUUGAUGAAAACACUCUGCCUGAAGAUAGCCAAACUUAUGCUAUAUUCGCGCGUCCAAAAAAUUAUCCGAGAUAAAAUAAGAUUCAGUAGAAUGCAUUAAUGAAUGUUACAACCGAGAUCUUUCUGUAGACCAAAUGCAACACCUAAAUUAUAGUAGGUCCUUUAAAUAACAUUUGAAAACCUGAGGUAAAUUCCCUCUGCCCUAGAGAUGCGUGGGAAUCUGUCUAUCCUCCGUCAGAUCAUAUCAGAGUUGCGCUAUGGCCUACCAAAUGGCGUUAGCAGACAAGAGCCCACAUUGCAGUACAUACUGGGCCAGUACAGGAAGUAUAAAACCACGGAUGAACAACUGUGUAAAGCCAGGGAAGAGAUGGAGUACAUAGCUAAGAGCUAUCUUUGUUAUUUGAAGAGUUCCAGACUGGAGAAGGAGAUACAGCAGGAGUUCCAUGGAAAAGGAGAAAGGAGUGUGCAAGAUACUGCUAGGAUGGUUGGAUUUAAGUUGCCAUAUGAUCCUCAGUGAGGCAUUGAAGUUUUGUAGAGAAUUUGUAGGAUUAGGUUCAAAGGGGUUUUAUUUUGUAGACAGGCAAUAGACAUAU